AUGGCGUUUGACAGAGAAGAAUCACUAGGAAGAAUUGAUAAGAAGCCCACAAUAGCGAUGGUGUGGAAUACAUCAUCGUGCGAAUUCGUUCGGACGCUAAACGGACACAAGCGCGGCAUCGCGUGUCUGCAAUACAGAGACCGGCUCGUCGUGUCCGGAUCUUCGGACAACACGAUCCGGCUCUGGGACAUUGAGUGCGGACAGUGCAUUAGAGUGCUUGAAGGACACGAGGAAUUGGUGCGGUGUAUACGAUUCGACAACAAGCGGAUAGUGAGCGGCGCGUACGACGGCAAAAUCAAAGUGUGGAAUUUACCCGCGGCGCUCGACGUCAGAACGCCGCACCAGGAUCUCUGCCUACAGACGCUAGUGGAGCAUACAGGACGAGUGUUCCGGCUCCAGUUCGACGAGUUCCAGAUCGUUUCGUCAUCGCACGACGACACCAUCCUCGUGUGGGACUUCCUGAACUACGGCGGCGCCUCGCCCGCCGCGCCGCCCGCGCCGCCGCCGCGCCCGCGGACCCCCGACCACGACCGGGACCUGUUCGACUAGGUGGGUUGCUCAAAACAAAAAAUAACGGACGAAAACACUUGAAAACUCACAUAAACUUGCCAAAAACAAAAGAAAAACGAAAAUAAGUCACUAAAAUAAGCACUUAAACGGACUAAACUGCCAAAAAGAAAAAAUAAAUACAAAAAAAUAAAAAAAAAGUCGCUAAAAUAACCAUUCUGCGCGCGCUAGAGCGCUAAAAAUAUCCAAAAAGAAAGAAAAAUACUGAAAAAUAUCAAAAAGUCACUAAAAUAGGCACACCUGUGUACGCUAGAGCGCUUAAAACCUACAAAAAUACGUAAAAUAAUCAAAAAGUCACUUAAAUAGCCACAUCGUGAGCUCUAGAGAUGUGUAGAUCCGCAGAAAAAUAUAAAAGACACUAAUAGUCACGCUAGAUCGCGGUUGACAACCCAAAAUGACACCUAGAAACAUAAAGACUGCCUCAAAGGCUCGCCCGCGCUCUAUAAGUCUACUCAGUCCAACACUCGUGUCGUCAUCGCACGACGACACCAUCCUCGUGUGGGACUUCCUGAACUACGGCGGCGCCUCGCCUGCCGCGCCGCCCGCGCCGCCGCCGCGCCCGCGGACCCCCGACCACGACCGGGACCUGUUCGACUAGGUGGGUUGCUCAAAACAAAAGAAAAACGAAAAAAAAGUAACUAAAACUUGCUGAAAACAAAAGAAAAACGAAAAAAAGUCACAUAAAUGGACUCUGGACUUACAAAAAAGGAAGAAAAGAAACAAAAAAUAAGGAAAUACACUAAAAUAGUCGUGCCUAAGGUCGCUCGACUACGACCGGGACCUUUUUGACUAGGUAAGUUUUCUGAAAACAAAAGGAAAACGAAAAAUAGUCACUAAAAUAAACACUUAAACGGAAUAAACCGCCAAAAAGAAAAAAUAACGAAAAAAUAUAAAAAGGUCGCUAAAAUAACCAUUCUGCGCGCGCUAGACCGCUAAAAAUAUCAAAAAAGAAGGAAAAAUAUCAAAAAUUCACUAAAAUAGGCAUGCUUGUGUACGCUAGAGAGCCAAAAAUAUUACGAAAAGAAAGAAAAAGAAGAAAAAACAUCAUAACCUGCAGAAAAAUAUAAAAGACAAUAAUAGUCACGCUAGAGCGCGGUUGACAACUCAAAAUGACACAUACAUAAAGACUGCUUCAUUAUUCUCGCUUUUCUCCCGCGCUCUAUUAGUCCACUCAGUCCAACACUCGUGUCGUCAUCGCACGACGACACCAUCCUCGUGUGGGACUUCCUGAACUACGGCGGCGCCUCGCCCGCCGCGCCGCCCGCGCCGCCGCCGCGCCCGCGGACCCCCGACCACGACCGGGACCUGUUCGACUAGGUGGGUUGCUCAAAACAAAAGAAAAGCGAAAAAAAGUCACAUAAAUGGACUCUUGACCUACAAAAAAGGAAGAAAAGAAACAAAAAAUAAGGAAAAACACUAAAAUAGUCGUGCCUAAGGUCGCUCGACUACGACUGGGACCUUUUUGACUAGGUAAGGUUUCUGAAAACAAAAGGAAAACGAAAAAUGACACCUAAAUCAAUACUAAAACGUCAAAAAACUAAUUUCAGCGUACUC